AUGGAUGAUGAUGAAUUAUAUCAACACGCAAUGGGGCCAAUUGAGCUCCAACAUCAGCAAUAUCAUCAACAACAUCAACUACAACAUGGCAAUAGUUUCUAUGAUCAACAACAGCAAAAGCUCAACUAUCCAUAUCCAGAUAUUCAAUCCCAAUUUACAUAUGGCUCACAAUCUAUUUCACAGGACUCUCAUGGUUCUUUUGCUUCAAAUUCUUCACAUCUUCAAUAUCCUCAACAAUCUAAUCAAGUAUUCCAACCUCAAAGUUAUUAUAUCCAACAACAACCACAGUCACAACAACAAUCUGUGAUAACGUCACCUGAAGAACAAUAUUAUUAUCAACAAAAUUUUCAGAAUCAAUAUCAUCCCCCGUUAUAUGCUAAUCCUUCUUCUUAUCCUGAACUACAAAAUCAUAAUCAACAACAAGAAGAGCAACAGGAACCAAAAAAGGGUGUUGAAAAUCCAUAUGAUAAUCCAAAUCCAGUUCAACAAAAAUACACACCAAUAACCACUUUGAACGAUUUAUCAAAAGAUCCAUCAGAAAUUAGUUCGAGUAAUGGUAAACACUCACAAUCCACAGCUUCUGAUAUGAAACAUCCAAUUGAAAUUAUAUCAAGCAUGGCACCACAAGUAAACUCAUCAACUAAUUUAAAAAAUCAGCUUAAUGAGCAAAACAAUGCAACCACACCAUUUGGUAAUGGAUCAAUUUCAUCAUAUUCAUCUAAAAAUUCACCAUUCAAUGAUGAUAACGAACAAUAUCAAAACUUGGAUGUUAUAACUAAUGCAUUCACAUCAAGAAAUAGAUCUGGGAAUAGCUUAGAGAUUUCAAAUCCAAAUACUGUCAGAUUAAUACCACAUGAUUCUUCACCACCUCAAUUUGAUUUGAAAAAAUAUCCUGAAUUUUUUGAUGAAACAACACCAAAUGCUUUUGCCAGAAUUUUCUUGUUAAGAGAAGUUCACAAUAGGUUGACUUUGGCGGCAAAAGAUCCAAAUCUUUACAAUGGUAUGUUGGCACAAGGCUUGGGGAAAUUAGCAUCACAACUCCCUGAAUUAGAGGGUCUUUUUUUCAAAUAUAGAGGAUUAGUUAUGAACGAUGUUAGAAAUGGAUUAUCAAACUUAACUGAUUCAAAUGCUGAAACUUUAUUAGUCUUGACAAGUUUAUUGAAUAGUUCAUCUAUUUAUAUCAAAAGUAUUAAAAUCAAAGAUUUCUUUUCAUUAGCAUCAGGACCAAGUGUUUUAUUAAAAACUGGGUUUGAAAAUCCGGACCAAUAUCCUAAAUCAUUCAUCAAAUUGAAAAAUCAUGCAGAUGGGUUGUUAUUCACUGCCAGAUCAGUAUGGAGUCCAAGAUAUAAUCAUAAAUCUUUAUAUGAAUUUUUGGAAAUUAUAAAAGAAUUUGGUUCCCAAUAUAUCGAAGAUGAAGAUCAAUAUAAUCAUGAUGAUCUAAUAAGGGUACAAUACGGCCAAUUGAUUUCAUUUAUUGAAUAUGCGUUAGAGGUUCUGGAAAAUUAUCAAUCAAAUGAACAUGUUUUAUGUUAUCCAGUGGAUAAGAUUUAUAGAUUGGUUCAAUUAUGGUAUUUCACUGUUCCCUCAAAUAUCUAUACUUUUGGUUCCAAAACACCAGCUGUGGAGAAAGUUUUUUAUACAUUUUGGUUUGCGCUUGGUGAUUUAAUGGAGGAGAUACUUGUUGGUUCAAGGUAUGUUUUCGGAUUUCUAUUUAAUGGGUUUUAUCUAUUAUUCCCGUUUAAAAAGGAACAUUUAUACAAAGGUAUUGAGGAUCAGAACAUUUUGAAGUAUGCAAAUUAUUCAUGUCGUAUAAUUGCAUUUUUGAACAGAAGAAAGGCAUAUAUUGUCAGAAAUACAGUCUUGAAUGAUCCAAUCCCAGCAUAUUUUGAUACAAAUGAUCGUUUCAAACCAAGAGCUUUAGACAUUCAUGAACGUUGCAUUACGAGCUUUAAAAACACCAUUAUCAAACCUCAUAAUUAUCCAAGUGAAGCUGCUACAAGUGGGAAUCUGAAAAGUGAUGUUAAUUAUUACAAGACACAGGAUAAAGAUGAAGAUUCUACAUCCACUUUGUUUGAUGAUUUUAAUACAUCAUUAGGUAACGAUGAAAGUGACUCAUAUGAUGAGGUUGAUCAUUUAGAUGUUAAUGUCAAGACAGGUUUAUUAAAUAAAGAUUUCGAUCCAAGGUUCACAGAUCCUAUAUUCCAAAGUAAUGUUGUGUUCCAGAAUGCAGAUUUAAACUUUUUGAAUAAGUAUCAUGAAGAUAGAAAGCUGGUUAUACAACUAGAUAUCAAAGACUAA